AUGGCUACCUUCCUUGUUAUGCUCCUAUUGAACUGUCUCACAUCUCACCUCGUGGCAACCCAGCCUGAAGAUGUCACAGGCACCAUCAUCCAUCUCCCACUGUUCAGACGAGGGAAUCGCUUCUCGCGACGCGAACCUGCCAACAUGACACAUCUAGCAGAGGUGUUGCAGGCCGUAGAAGCCAAAUAUGCUCCCAGCUACCGCGAAGUUGAGGGCAAUCGCCUGGUCCGCCGCUGGCGGAUGAAGGAUAACGACGACGAGAAUGACCCGCACUUGAUUGAUGUUGCUGGACAUCUCGACCGAUGGUACACACGCUUCACAGUGGGCGAGCCGCCGCAGAGCCUGGAAGUUGAGCUCGACAUGCUGAGUCCAGACUUCUACACCGUCGUCACCACCAGUGGGAAAGGUACGCUGUAUGAUGCCUCUGCCUCAAGCACACACGGCCCCAACGAUGACUCCGUACACGCCAUCUGCCGGCUCCCCAGCGACGAGUUCCAUUUCCACCUCCCCUUCACCAGCAGCAGCAGCAGCAGCAGUGGCAGUACCAUAGGUCUGCGGCCCAUCCGCCUGGACUUCGCCGUCUGCAGGCCCUCCAAGUCCUCUCGACAAACCCUGGCCCACGCCGGCACCUUCCUCGGACUCUCACCGUCUUCCUCCUCCUCUCGAAGCACGCUCUCCCGCCUGUCCGCCCCCUCUCUCCUCGACCAACUCCACUCCAAAGGCGCAAUCGCGCAGAAGGUCUGGUCGGUAACGCUGCUCGACACCGAGACCGGGAUCCUCAGCCUGGGCGGCACUAUUGUGCAGGAAGUCGAAGAAACGAAGGCCCGCGUCGAGCUCGAGCUGAAGCAUUUCGGUGACCCUGUUGCGACGCCCGAUUGGAUCGCGGAGCAAGUCGAGGGGCGCUUGAAGCUCGCCAUGCCGAGGGGAGAUGCCUGGGAUGCGCAUUUCAAGUGGACCAAUGUCCGGGGCGCGGCCGGUUGGUGGACGGCGCUGAUGGCGGGGGUGUGGCUUAACGGUGCGAAGGUCCUGAAAAACCAACCGAUCCUCCUCGACAUCAACAUCCCGUUCAUCCUGGCACCGCCAGUCGCAGCACAAACCUUCUACGACUCCAUCGGCGGCACGAAACGCCUCCCAUCACCGUACGACGCCUUCUUUGCGUUUCCUUGCCUCAACCACGUGCACAUCGCGUUCGAGAUCGGCGGCUGGAACUUCCCGGUUAUGAACGGCGACGGGACCGCGCCGGACGCGCUGUAUGGGCCCAGUGGAGGGAUGUUCAGUCUUGGGAAGGUCGCGCAGGGGACGGGCUAUUGUGUUGGGAGUGUGGUUGAGAGUCGGGGGCUCGCACAUGGAGAGGAGUGGGGGGGCAGUGGGCUCAAGGAUGUUUGGGUGCUGGGCGAGCCGGUUUUUCGAGGGUUGGGGCUCGUCUUCGAUGAAGAGCUGGGCAGGGUCGGUGUUCGGACUUAUUGA